CAAGCUGCUGGUGGUAUAGCUGUUUCAACGACGAAUACAUCGGUCACGAUUGUGAUGUUCCAGAAAGUCCUGUCUUUUUUCAAUAGGCCUUCUUUGCCCAUCCAAGUCCUCUCUGACCUCCAUCUUGAAAUUAACCAACAGUACCUCUCUUAUGAGAUCCCAGUCUGCGCUCAACAUCUGAUCCUUGCGGGCGACAUUGGCCGCUUAACUGACUCCGACAACUAUCGCGAGUUCUUACGUCGGCAGACGGACCGGUUCAAGGUGGUACUUCUAGUUCUCGGAAACCAUGAGUUCUACAAUGAGACUUUUGCAGCGGGGCUCGAAAAAGCUAGGCAGCUUGAGCAGGAGCCUUCUUUAAACGGAAAGCUCGUCGUCCUUCACCAGAAGCGAUACGAUGUCCCGGGGUCUUGUGUCAGUGUUCUUGGCUGCACUCUGUGGUCAAAAGUGCCGUCUGAAUCCAGGGAAAUUGUUCGGGCAAAGAUCAAGGAUUUUCAAAAGAUUACCGACUGGACCGUUGAUGACCACAAUGCAGCUCACGACUCGGAUCUCGCCUGGUUACGGAGAGAGAUCCAGUCGAUACGUCGGGAGAAUGAAAGGACAGAAAAGUGGAACCCAAAGCGGUCGAUCCUCGUCGUGACCCACCAUGCUCCUCUUCUCCAGAGGACAUCCGCCCCGAAAAACGCCCUGAACCCUUGGAGGUUUGCAUUCGGGACGGAUUUUCUAUCACAAGUCCCCGAUGGAGUGAAGGUCUGGGUGUUCGGGCAUACCCAUCACACAACCGAAUUCAAGGAGGGCCGGGUCAAAGUUGUGAGCAGGUUGCAUGCCCCUCAAGACUAGAAAUGGGUGGAGGCAUUGGGCCUGUAUUGAUGAACGGAGAUUUCGGUUCUGUUAUACUUGAGAAGGGGAUUGAUUGGUCGUAUUUCACUUGUGGGAUUGUUGAGGUGUUUCGUCCUCUUUCAUGCUCAAGGACCCAAGGCAGAGCGAGUCCUUUGACGUCCUUGCUAGUCGGAAGGGAAUUGCAUUCAGCAAAAUGUAGACAAGUAGUAUUCUACCGGUUAUCUAGAUUAGGCUAACCCAGUCUUGUCUAAGGAAGCUCCUGCCUAAUAGCGGAGGGAGUGUUCCACGGCAUCUGCGGAUCCUCGAGAGCAAUAACAGUCG